AUGUCUUCCAGCUAUCCAACUACCUCCCUCACUGUCAAGAGCAGAGGAAUAAACUACGGACUACCCACCUAUUCUCCGUCUGUUAAAGGUUCUAAUGCUCUCGUGUUCGGAGCGAAUGGAAUCUCUGGCAACAACAUGGAUACUGCAGAGCUCCUUAAGCAUCACCAGAUACGGGCGCAUGUGGGACGCUACAUCUCCAAUCUUUUGAGGGUGCUCACACGAAUAGCGAUGUGCCUGUCGAUUAUGAGUCAUGGCCCAAUGCUGAAGGAAUGUGUCGAGCUAAUAGUAUUUUCUACUCGUAUCUCCAAAUGGGAGUAUUUGCUAAUUUUCGAAGGAAAACUCCUCCAAAGCUGUCUCGACGCACUCCAACUUGCCUCUAUCAAGCCAAAGCGAUUUCUCCUCACGACUGGUGCAAAGAAAUCUGGACUAUACUAUGCUCUAGUCAAUUCGCCGGCAGUCGAAUCCGACCCACGGGUUCUCAUUGAGCCAAAUUUCUACUAUGUGCAGGAAGACACCUAG